AUGUACCUUCUGCUUCCUCUACUCGUCGGAAUUUUCGGAUUCUCUCGUGCAAGUGUUGAUGAAUACCGACUUUUGCAAUAUUUGAAGGAAAAUUAUGACUAUUUCGAGCGUCCUGUCGAAAACAGCUCAAUGCCAUUGGACGUCAAAGUUCGAUUCCUUCUCAAUCAGAUUCUCGAUGUUGAUGAGAAGAACCAGGUGAUGUCAAUUCUGGCGUAUGUCGAUUAUCAUUGGACCGAUUAUAAGCUGAAAUGGGAUCCGAAAGCGUUCGGGGGUAUUCGAGACGUGAGAUUCUCUGGAAACGACGAUGCUCCGUUCAAACUAUGGAGGCCUGAUGUAUUGAUUUUUAACAGUGUCUCGGAGAACUUUGUUUCGACGUAUUCGUCACGCUUCAUCGUCUCUCAUGACGGUCAUGUGCAACAGAAUCCGCCGGGAAUCUUUCGAUUCAUUUGCCAGAUUGACGUCACUUAUUAUCCAUUCGAUCGUCAGACGUGCUUCUUGAAAUUGGGCAGUUGGACGUAUAACGGAAAAUACAUCAAUUUGGACUUUGCUUUGAAUCCAAUUAUAGGUAUAAACGGAGAAAUGAUAAUGGUGGAUCCUGAGAGAUCAACUCCGGAAGCGCCGAGCUACUUUCUCAACGAAUCGAUUGAUUUGCAAGUGUAUCUACAAAAUGGCGAAUGGGAUUUAAUUGGGACUCCUGGGAAACGAGUUGUUCAAGCAUUUGGAAGCGAUGAAUACCAUGAGCUCUAUUUUUAUAUUCAUAUUAGGCGAAGAACAUUGGCAUACGGUAUCAACCUCAUAAUUCCAUCUUUGGUGAUUUCGAUGAUGACCGUUUUGGGGUUCACACUUCCGCCAGACGCAUGUGAGAAGAUCACACUGGAGACUACCGUACUCCUCUCUGUGGUUUUCUUUCUUCAAAUGGUUAGCAAUAUGAGUCCACCGCAAUCGCAGUCGGUGCCGAUUUUAGCCUCGUUUUUCUCGUGCUGCUUGAUGCUCGUCGCGAGCUCAUGCGUGUUCACAGUCCUCAUUCUCGCCCUCCACCAUCGAAAACCCGAAACUCAUGAGAUGAGCGAUUUCAUGCGAAAAAUCUUCAUCGAUUGGCUGCCAUAUUUUCUUUGUAUGCGCAAACCAGAUCAUCCGAAGACGCCGAAACCCACUGUGAUCCAACAAUCGAUAAUUCCGAUCCAAAGACUGUCCACUUUCAUGCCAAUGUUGAAUCUGCCUCGUCCAUCGCAAACUCCUCUAUUGCAAAAUGGUGAUUUUUCAGAAAAUCCAAACAUUCUAACGAAUGUCUCCAAGUUUUGCAACGAGCUUUGUUUAAUUGAAGGCGAAAUUUCGAAAAUGGUCGAAAAACUGGAAGAAGAUGUGAAGAACGAGAUGUGUCGUUCGGAAUGGCGAUUCGCCGCAAUGGCCAUGGACCGCCUAUGUUUGUACAUCUUCUCCGCGUUUAUUACAAUCACCACUUGCGGUCUAAUUGUUCCUCAUAUUAUUGGAAAUUUCUAA